AUGACUUCGCAGCUUCAGAUUGACGCAUCGCGUUCCCCAGGUUACCCCGUAGCGUAUUUUCUCUGCGAUGGCGUUACCGACGCUAAGACUCUCAAGACCGCGCUCUCCCUCUCGCGCACACCCAAGCUCCGCAAAGCGCGUGUUGAAGAUUACCGCCGCUCCGUCCGUUCAGGCCACGGGGCUAGCACACUAGCAUUCGACGCCCGCAAUUGGGGCGAGUGGUGCGGCACAGAAACCGUCAAAGGUGUGCUUUUCGAGGCCAUGUGUUUGGAGGAGGAAAGGGCACUGAUCCAGUAUGUGGGUGGAACUGGAGAGGUCAAGACCGAGACGAUUGAGGUUGCUUGCUCGAGUCUGCUGGGCAAGGUGGGGAUGAUGAAGAAGAUAAGGGGCAGGAUAUUCGUGCCGGAGGGCGAUGGAGAUACACUCGUAGGAAGUACGAGGAGCGUCAUGCAUAGCGCAAGGAGGCUAGAGCCGGAUGAGACCCUUACAGUUGCCAGCAGUGGCAGGUCGGCUGAGGGUUCGGCUAUGGAGCAAGAGCCUAACAGCGGUGACUUCUCCGAGACAGGCUCGAUAGCUGUUGUUGACGGACAUCCGACACCACGCAUAUCGCCUUCGAUCGCGACAUUGCACGACACGGAUGUUCCACACCAGUCUCUCGAUGAGCUUGCGUUAGCCGACAGUGACGAGUAUUUGGAGCCUCUCGCUUACGAGCAUCCAGCUGAUCCGAAGAUUGAGACCAAGGACUGGGCGGCGACUAGCGAGGUUCCGACUACAGGGAUCGAUGACAUCAAGGAUACUAGGGUCUACCAGGAACUCAUGGAGAUGCAGGAACCUAGCAGGGUUGAGGCAGUCGAAGGUCCAAGCGAGAUUGAGACUCCGCAAGUCAGGGACAUCAAAGAUACCAAAGUCUUCAAGGCAAUUAUGGAGGCUAAGGGACCUCAGGAGGUCGAGGCGGUCGAGGAGGCUCAAGAGAUCACCGAGACCACCGACAUCGAUGAGCCGUUUCACAUGGAGGAGAUCAAAGAGAUUGACGACAUCGACAACGGCAGGAACAUUCAGGUCGAAUCCGAAUACCAGCGGUUUCUUCUAGUAGAGCAAAGAAGAUCAAGGGCUGUCUCGAUGAACACGUUCAUCUCUGGUACAAGCACCGCGAUCGAUGAUGAGCGAAGCGUGUCAGCGUCCGCGACACAGCCAUGGUCUCCAUCCACCCCAUGGCGAAAGGAGCAUGCCACCGCACCUGUCCGUUCAGUUCUCACACCGGUGUCUCCCAGCCAGUCUAUGGGAACUGCUACUCUUACCCCUCCUCUCGACCCACUUGACGCUAUGCCUACAGUCGUCAUCAAGCCUGGUGCCACUAUCUUUGUGACGGGUGUCAAUGGGCUUAUCGGAAGCCAUAUUGUCGAUCAGCUGCUGAAGCGAGGUUACAAUGUUCGCGGUGCGGUCAGGCAAGUCCAGAAGCACGGAUAUUUGAUCGAGUACUUCAACGACAAGUACAAAGAAGCAAAGUUCGAGCUGGUCGAUGUGCCGGAUAUGACAGCCGAGGGAUGCUACGACAAGGUCGUCCAUGGUAUCGAAGGAUUCAUCCACGUCGCUUCACCCAUCGGAGGCAUCUCAGACGCCCACGAAGCGAUUGCGCUUGCCACUAACGCAGGCCUGAAUGCACUCAAGGCUUGCGCAAAGGUCCCUUCGUGCAAAAGCUUCGUCUUUACAUCAUCUUCCCUUGCUGCAACGUUUCCCCACCCCAACGUUGAGUUCUCAAUCGACGAGAAUACCUACAACGACGAAGCAUUGAAGAUUUUGGAGAAAGAACCGGGCAAACCAGGAUUGUUCGUCUACGCAGCCAUGAAGACGGAAACCGAGAAGGCGAUAAUGAGAUGGAUGGAAGAGAAUCAACCCGAUUUCGUACUCAACCGCAUCUUGCCAAACGCAAAUUUUGGCGCUGUCUUGAUGCCUGAGCACCAAGGCUUUCCUUCAACCAUUGAAUGGGCCCACGAUGCUUGGAAAGGUAUACAGUCGGAGAGAUGGACAACUUCCGUUGGACCACAGUGGUACAUUCAUCCUGUCGACGAUGCGCUUCUGCACAUCUCCGCAUUGAUCCAUAGCGAUGUGAAAACGGAACGUCUCUUCGGUUUCGCAGAGCCGUGGAGCUACAACAAGAUGAUGGACAUAUGGCGUAAGCUUUACCCCGAGAGGAAAUUCCCGAACAACAUCGAGGGCAUGGGUGUUGAUCGGAUGAGCUUGCCAAACGCCAGGGCUGAGGAGGUGAUGAGCUGGUUGAAAGGACCGGGAUCGAAAUGGGAUAGCCUUGAGAAGGGAUUGCGGGAAAUGACUGAGAACUGGGAUUGA